GCGGGACCGUGGCUGAGGCUGGAGCUAAGCAUCGGGAUGCAGCGCCCUGGGCCCUUCAGCACCCUCUACGGGCGGGUCCUGGCCCCGCUGCCCGGACGGGCCGGGGGCGCGGCCUCUGGAGGAGGCGGGAACAGGUGGGGUGUGCCGGGCUCCCACGUGCAGCCGCCGGUGUGCGUUCGUUCCGGGACCGGCGCCGCGGGCCAAACCAGCCUCAACGUCAGGGAAGCCAAUAGUGCCUUCCCAGCCCCCUCCACGAUGUCCAAGGCCGAGGAGGCCAAGAAGCUUGCGGGCCACGCGGCGGUAGAGAAUCACGUGAGGAAUAACCAAGUGCUGGGAAUUGGAAGUGGUUCUACAAUUGUCCAUGCUGUGCAGCGAAUAGCUGAAAGAGUGAAGCAGGAGAACCUGAACCUCGUCUGUGUUCCCACGUCCUUCCAGGCCCGACAGCUCAUCCUGCAGUAUGGCUUAACCCUCAGUGACCUGGACCGACACCCAGAGAUUGACCUCGCCAUUGAUGGUGCUGAUGAAGUAGAUGCUGAUCUCAAUCUCAUCAAGGGUGGUGGAGGCUGCCUGACCCAGGAGAAGAUUGUGGCGGGCUAUGCCAGUCGCUUCAUCGUGAUUGCUGACUUCAGGAAAGAUUCAAAGAACCUUGGGGAUCAGUGGCACAAGGGAAUCCCCAUCGAGGUCAUUCCUAUGGCUUAUGUCCCAGUGAGCCGAGCUGUUACUCAGAAGUUCGGGGGUGUGGUUGAGCUUCGAAUGGCCGUCAACAAGGCAGGUCCCGUGGUGACGGAUAAUGGAAAUUUUAUCUUGGACUGGAAGUUUGACCGGGUACACAAAUGGAGUGAAGUGAACACAGCUAUCAAAAUGACCCCAGAUCAAGGUGUGGUGGACACUGGCCUGUUCAUCAACAUGGCUGAGAGGGUCUACUUUGGGAUGCAGGACGGCUCAGUGAACAUGCGGGAGAAGCCUUUCUGCUGAUGCUGCAGGUGUGCAGUGUGCUCACCUGGAAUCCCCGCCCACAGCAGGUGGACAUGCCUCUCCCGGAGCCUUUGCCUUAAUGUAUCUGUGCCAGGGUCCUGCUGGCAGGGUGGGGUGGGGUGGGGAGUGAAAUCCAGCCUUCUUGUAUUGUUAUUAAAUGUCUUUUUUAAAAAGAGAAGUAUAAACAUAUAUUUUUACUAUUAAAAAUGCUGUGUUUUUAAAAUAAAGUACAACUUGAUUUCAUGUUUUAUGUAAAGCAUUUACCAAAAUAAAAAGAGGGGGACUGUCUUUUAAAUUUUUAACAUGAGCCUGCUGGUUAAGCUUCUGAAUAUUGAGUUUGGUGAAUUAUGUAAAUCAUAAUUUUUGUUUAAACUGAUAAAGGAAGGGCCCAGCAGCGGUGCUUCCCUGACACCUUACCGAAAGCAUGGGAGCUCGCUGUUCUUCCUCGCUCCUUCCCGGGUUUCAGUUUUGUUGUGAUCACGCACAGUUCUUUGUUGCACUUUUCAAGACGUGGUUUACAGAAGUCUGGUGCGUGUAGGGUGUGGUGCGCAGUGAUUGUAAACUCCCAGGGAGAAACUGGUGGUUCUGUGAAGGCCAAUGGUUCACUCGGAACCCUGCUGUUGGAAGCAGGUGGCCAGAAGCACUUGAAAUGAGACACUUUUAAAUGCUUGUCUUUUUGUUGUUAGUAUUUUACCUGUUUCUUUAUUAUUACUUGCAUGGCUCAGCAUCAGAAGUUCUUACCUCUUUAUAUUGUUUGAGGGUUGGAAUAAAAAAUAUGGUGCCAUUCUUA